AUGGCAGACUCAGCGGAAAAGAACCAUGUUAUGCGAGCUUCACCCAAAGUGUCCAAAACACGCAGAAAGCCUAGGAACACAAACAGAUACGGCGAUGUCAUGAGCAUGUUGACUAUCUCACGGUGCUUCACCGGAGAUGAAGGCGGAAUCUGGGAAACUGUCGACGAAGGCGGUAUCUGGGAGACCGACAAUAAAGGCGUUAUCUGGAAUACUGUGGAUGAAAGCUACUGUGGAGAAGUGGGGGAGACUACUGAGGACAUGGAAAUGAGUGAGGCCGUUGAUAAGUCUGGUAUUUCUGUAACAGAACCUCAGGCCAGAUUUGAAGAUAUUACUGGAACAGAGGCAGGCGGAGAUGGAAACGGCAUAGAUAAAGGUUCUAGACUUGGAGAAGAGGAUACGAACCUUCCGUUUGAAGGGGAAGUUAUCGUUAUUGAGGCAGAUUCACCAAAUGUUUUAGCUGAUUCCCCUAUUGUCCAUUCUCCAUUGCCGGAAACGUUCCCAUUUUCUGCUGAUUUCCAAGCUUCCCUCGAACUUCUAUCGGAGCAUAUCCCUAUCAGACGGAAAUCUCGCAGGGAAAAGUACGAGAACCAUCUCCAUAGGGUCCAGCAGAUGCGAGAUUAUGACGCCAAGAUGCUCCGGGCUGAGCGGGAAAACCGGUUCCAGCUCAGAAACAACAGGUACUCUGAUCUUGAGUCGGUCAGCCCUGAGAGUCUGACCUCCAGGCAAGAAUCAAAAAAGGUGAGCUGGGGAAUCUGA